UUAACGAUCGUGAAUGAAGGACAAAUGUGGAAUAUUUUCUCCAGAUGCCAUAUAUUUCCAGUCUGCAGAUCUGGUGUCUCCCACAACAAUUCACCAAUAAAUACUGGGAAUAUUCACAUCAUCCUACAAGAGAAGGACAAACUCCAGGUGUAGCAGCUGAAAUCUGUGUGACUGUUAAAGAUGGAGUUUAUUAAAGAGGAGAUUGAAGACAUGAGUGAUCCAGAACCAUCCAGAAUAAAACAUGAAGAAACUGAGAAACAAAUAGACCAGAUGGAAGUGACAGAGCAAAGACACAAAUUAAAUGAAGUGAAGGAGAAACAUGACUUCAAAACUCAAGGAACUAAAGCCAAAAAGCCGCACACCUGCUCACAGUGUGGAAUGAGAUUCCAAGAUAAAAGAAACCUCAACAGACACAUGAGAGUUCACACUGGAGAGAAACCGUAUACAUGCAGUCAGUGUGGAAAGAGUUUCCCAUAUACAACUGGACUCAGACUUCAUCUGCGCAUUCACUCUGGAGAAAAACCAUUUAACUGUGAUCAGUGUGGUAAAAAGUUUAUUUCAUCGUCACAUCUAAACAAACACCUGAAAAUUCAUUCAGAUGAGAAGCCUUAUGUGUGUUCUUUCUGUGGAAAGAGUUUUUCACGAGUGGACAGCUUUAAACUGCACCAGAAAACACAUGAUGAAGUGAGAGAUCAUGUGUGUUGUGACUGUGGGAAGAGCUUUACUAAACCUCACUGUCUGGAACAGCACCAAAGAAUUCAUACCGGAGAAAAACCUUACAAGUGCUCAUAUUGUGAGAAGAGUUUCACUCAGUCUGGGUCUCUGAAAGAACAUGAACGAGUUCAUACUGGAGAAAGACCUUACGAGUGCUCCUACUGUGAGAAAAGUUUCACUCAGUCAGGAUCUCUGAAAUCACAUGAGCGAGUUCAUACAGGAGAGAAGCCGUACUACUGUACUCAGUGUGAGAAGAGUUUUAGACAUUUAUCAGGCCUUCACACUCAUAUGAAAAAAUGUUGCAAGUGAUCAACAUUAUUAUUAUUAUUUUUUUAAAUACAUUCAAGUAAAUUCUCUAAU